AUGGGCAACAAAGAAGGCAUGCUCAUACCUGUAGAAGCACCAAGCACCAAGGGAGAUAAAGAGAGAGAGAGAGAGUCACGACAGGAACAAGGGCAAUCUCCGUCACUUGACGAUUGCUUGAAGCUAUUGAAAGGCGAGAGAGACGAGCAACGCCUUGCUGGCCUUUUUCUUGACACCAAAUUUUGCAAAGGUGAAGAUGUUGCUUCUCUACGUAAAGUUUAUGAUGCAGUAGGCGUUCACUUUCUCGAUAAGCUGAGGACUGAUUUAGACUCCAUUUCUGAUGCAUGUGAAAACUCUUGGGAGCAAGAUGAGAGAAAUUUAACUGAGAUGGUUUGCAUUUCAACAUGUGUGAUGAAAACAACUGUUUUGAUGGUAGUAUCAGGUACUCGUCUUGCAUGGAAAACCACAGGCAAAUUGGAUGGGGAUUGUUAUGGUGUUUUGAAUAUUCUGUUUUGGAGGAUUGCUUCUUCUGAGUAUGGAGCCAUAACUUUGUAUGAAUCUGGGGGCAUGAAAUUCUUAGCUUCUCAAAUGUGUACUUUGCCUGAUGAUGAUGGAGCUUGCUAUGAAAAUGGUACAAUAUAUGCUAAGAAAGCUGCCUCAGGACUCCAUUACCAACAAAUGCCUAUCUUAGCUGCCAAUGGUAGUGGUGCCAAUAGCAAGCAACUGCUUCAUGAUGCACUGUGUGUGAGGGCAGGGAACAAUUGGCCAAAUUAUAUGCGUGUUGGCAUUGUUGCUAUUUUACAAAAUCGAGUGGAGAAUAUAACUUACAAUUUGGAUGAAACUUAUCAAUAUUUUUUUAUCCAUUCAAUCACAGCAUCUUUUGAGAAGCUUCAUGCCCUUAUUUUGGCUGAAUCUAUGGUGUCCAUAUUUGGGGAACGCUAG